UUCAAAUAGACAUAUAGAUAGAUAGAUUUGAUUUGGGCAAGUGAGUGAGUGAGUAACAACGACGAGUCGAAAAAGUGAGAGCACAAGCUUUUUUUAAUUCAGUUCCGUUGCCAGAUCUUGUGUGUGUCUUGCUGAUGCGAUGUCCUUCCCUUUAAUCCUCCCAACAAUUUGCUUUUCUCCGCGGUGAGAUUGUUGCUACCCUCUUCGUUUCAGCAGUUACAAAGCUCGGGUUUUGUUGAUCCGAUUUCCGGAGUAAUCAUUCAAUAAAUUAAUCAAUUGUUCUUCCUCUUUCUGCUUUCAAUGCGAUGAACUGCUCUUCAGGUUUGUUGAUUUUCCUCUGUUGUUUUGUUUUCUCGAUUUUGUAGAAAUGGGGCAAGUUCAAGAACAGAGGUACGUAUGCAAGAUAUGUAGCAAAAUUUGCGUCAGUGGGAAGUCACUUGGAGGGCAUAUGAGGGUUCAUUCAGCCCUAAUUUCAAAGGAGAAAUCCGAGAGCGAGAUUCAAUUUGAAGAAGGGAACGAUGAUCAAGAAAGCUGCAUCAAGAAUCAAUCCAACAGUGAUGAAGAAGAAGAAGAAGAAAUUGGGGAUGAAGAUCAGAGCAGCAGCUAUGGCUUGCGGGAGAAUCCGAAGAAAUCUUGGAGGAUUUCUGAUCCCCAAAACGGCACCGUUUCGAAGAUCAAAGCUUCUUGCAAAGAAUGCAGCAAGGAUUUCCCUUCAUUGAGGGCUCUUUCCGGCCACAUGAGGAGCCAUUCGAUCAAGAACAAGAAAGUGCACAAGUGUACUAAAUGUGGUAAGGCUUUCAAUUCAGUGAGAGCUAUGUAUGGCCACAUGAAGAGCCACUCGACAAAAUCGAAACCUCACGAUGAUGGCAAUGGCAAUGAGGAGAGCUUAUCGUUGGGCUUGGAUGGUCUAUGCCCAGUCCGAGGUAAGAGAUCUAGAAUAAGAUAUAGCAAUGCACCAAAUCUUUCAAUCUCUGGUUUCAAUGCCUCUGCGUCUGCUGGUUCAUCGUUUGAGGAUGUGGAGGAGGUUGCCAAGUGCUUGAUGAUGCUGUCGAGAGGGGAGUGUGAAGAGUUUUCUGAUGAUGAUGGUUCUGAAUACUACGGCGCAAACUCAUCCUACAAAGGAAAUGAAGGUAGUGAUCACAAAAUGUCGAAGGUUUUCGCGAGGAAGCGUGGAAGAAACUGCGACGAAGCCUUAUUAGACUCUUGCAAUGAUUCGAAAAGAAAGAGAUUUUCUGCUGCUAGAUAUGAUCCGAAGCUCGACUUGACGGGCAAUCUGGUCGAGCAGGAGAAAGCUGGAACGAGCAAAAGCAAGGAGCACGAGUGCCCCGUAUGCUUCAAGCUUUUUACAUCGGGUCAGGCGCUAGGCGGGCACAAGAGGGCUCACUACAAUGGACUUAAUGAAAGCAAAAUGAAUAAAGAAUCAGAAGUUUCUGCUGAUGUAUGUAAUCUUCUUGAUCUCAACCAUCCGGCAAUGGCUGCCGAGGAAGGCGCCAAUGUGAAAAGGGAGGCGGGACUCAAUGGUCUGUGGUGGGCGAACGGCAAACGUGAGGCCGCGGUGGUACUUACAACUUGAAUCCAUUGGAGAGCUUGAAUAUGAGAUAUUUGAUGUUUCUUGAUACUUUUUCAGACAUAUUGGCUCGAAAAUUUGUAUCAUUUUUCGUGAUUUUAUGCAUAG